CCGAAAAUGUUUUAACCAUUUCUUAACUUUUGUGGAUUUACAGUGUGACGAAUUUUUCGUUUGUUACAACUGAUGUUAACUGUUGAGAGGAGAACGAAAAAUCUGUUUAUUCAGCAAAAUGUACAUUAACUUUCAACAUAAAAGUAAUAGUUGCAAUUUCGUUGGGUGUGGUGCAAAAAAAUUCUAGUCUUCCUUUAGCUUAUAUUUUGUUGUUGAUGAAAUAGCGCUUAAAGCUUGUAACAUGCUUUAAAAAAACAAACAGAGAAAAUAUUCCCUGUUCUUACUAUUCCACGUUGGAAUUUGACACGGUAUAUGACCGGCAAUUUGUCCUGUUAUUUGACCUGCCUAUGUAGGCUUCUAGAAAUAUAAAAAUGUUAGUAUAGGUGAAAUUUUGACUUUCUCAACUUAAACUUUCGCUGAUUAUAUGUGCAUAAACUGGCUUUGCAACAUUCGUUAUCCCAAAUCUACUAGCACUGAUUAUUUUGGAGUGACCCUCUUUAAAAAUUAUGUCAAGGUCGUCCAUACUUUUACAACCCAAAUUCAAAAACGGUGUGAAAAUGGCUUAGAAAUAUAAAUUAGUGUCCAGAACAACUCUAUUAUAACUUGUAUGGAAGUUUUACAGUUCAGGCCAUUGGGACUUUGUUGAAAGUUUCUUUUUCAGCCAAUCAAGGUCAAAUUAGGCGCGAUAAAGUCUUUUUGAAGUUAUUUAUUGCAUAUACGGCUCAUUAGUACCAGUUAAAAAAGGUAGCUAAAUACAUCUAAGGAGUAUGUAACCUGUACAAGAAAGCAACAAAUUAAACCCUGUUCUGAAAUUGAUAUGUUUACCGCAUAAAUUGCUCUUUUGUUAAUCAUCUCAAAUAUUAAUUCUUAGAAUCUGCGUUUUUAUGCGAAACAUCGCAGAAGUGUAAGAAUUGUAGUUAUAUACGGAAGUUGUUGUGGAAGAACUCAGUGUUUAGAAUUAACACACAACGGAAUGCGUGUAAGAGCCCAAAAACGUUAAAAAACUUCUAGUGUGUUUAGACCCAAUAAUUUAGCUUUGUCAAUGAAACGCCCACACGCGUAAUCCCACUUUAGACGUUUAUUCGAGUAUGACCGAUUAUUUGGAAGGGCGUUUAUUAACAUUAACCGGGUUUAAACAUGAGCGUUUUUUCGAGAAUAUUUCUUUUACUCAGAUGCGGACGUUAAAUUGAUCAUUGUGAAGUUUGUGAGCAACAGCCUAUUAGCUUUUAACAUAUUCCAAGUCUACCUUCUUUAUUAGGCUGAGUUAGCUAAUAUAGUUACUUUUCCCCAGAAGAUGUGCUAUCUCAUCAAGUCUGAUUAGGUUAGCAUGUUUGCAAAAAAGAAACGAAGUUUCUGACAAAAUGUAAAUAAUUUAUUUUGGGAACUGUUCACAAAUAAAUAGUUUCGCUUUUAAAACAUUAUUACAUUAAAACUUUAUUUUCUUAGAAUAUAUAAAUAAAUGUUUUGUACAUUAUUGUUUAAAAUAGGAAGAACAAUGAUGUUACUUAAAUUAUAAUUAUUAGAAAAUAGACACAUACACUUUUGUCGAUGACAGUAACUGCAAGAAACAAAACUUUAUCAUGUGAUGUCGAUCUUAUUGGCUUUACUUUAAUUAUGAUAAUUUAUGUCAUCUUCUCACUUAUUGACAAAAUGUGUUAUCAUUUACGCCCGAUAGAGGGCAAUUGCUUUCAGCAACAAGGUAAUUUCUCUUGCUGAAACGCUACUAAAGGAUGUAACAAAAAUUUGUUUUGGUCUCAGAUUUUCCCUCUUCUCUUGCCUUUAAAUAACCGCCCAAGGCAUAAGCCCGGACAUUCGGAAUUUGCUGCAAACUGAACAAGAGUUAAGAUUUAAAUCUUUUACUUUUUUAUUACAAUCUACAAAUAUGAAGGACGUGAAAGGUAAAAAUUUAGCAUAAGAUCAAAAAAAUGUUUCAAUAACGAGAUUAAAAUAUGUACGACUUAUACCUUGCUUUGUAUUUAGUUUACGUGUUGGCAUCGUCCAUUUGUGUCGCAAUGGCAGUGAUUACUGGAGUAACUACAUUCCUGCUUACAAAGGAAGCUUAUGAAGCACCCAAAUAUCCAACAAACACAGGAAAUGGCAUAAACUCAUUGGGCAGAAAAAGAAGAGCCGCAUCUGCUCCAUGUCUUGAAGCUCAAACUCAACUCUUCAAUUUAACCAACAGAUUGACUGGAAAUGACGUCCUAACAAAAUAUAUUGAGGACAUGGAGUGCUAUUACGGGAUAAAAGCAUCAGCAAAUAACACACAUAUGAAACACUGUGAAGGAACGUACCAAGAAGAUACGUUUUCGUUUCUUAAUGCAAGAGUAUUUGCUGGUAUUAGUGAUUGUCGAAAGAAAAAUCCAAAAGCAUUAGGGGACUACCUGCAGCUAAUUAAACAAAGUAUUCCGAGCUUAAAUCAGAUUAAAGAUUACGAAAUGGCAAAUGGAAACAAAAAAUAUCACGAUUUUAAUUCACAAAUUGCUGUUGGUCUUUUGGCCCUAACAAAAGCCAUGGAAGAAGUCAGAUUGAACAUGCUAACAAGAUGCUAUAAAAUUAAAUCCACAGCAAUUCCAAAGUUUCCGAAGAUAUUUCGCGGUUACAACGACAAUGCUUUGGUUAAAGCAAGAGGAAAGGAGCCACGUCAACAUGCAAAGCGUGCAUUUGUUGUAUACAAUCAAAUCGUAACCAUUAUGGGUACAAUGAGAUAUGACUUUUGGGAAAGACGCCAAUGCAUGUAGUAGGAUAUUUAUGUUUAAGAUGAUGACUAUAUUUAUUACAUAUAAUAAAUUAUAAAACAUAUAGGUAAUAUAUUGUACAGAUUAAAUUAUAGAAGAUAUAUUUAUAUUUUUACUUCGCUUAUACUGUAAUUUAAAGAUA